AUGGAUGAUAAUGGCGUCAAAAUUUCUAACCCUAACACUCACAAUAAUUCUAACUCUAAUUCCAACCCUAACCCUUACUCUAAUUUUAACUCUAAUCCUAACCCUAAUUCUAACCUAAAUCCUAACUCUAAUUCUAACCCUAACCCCAACCCUUACCUCGACCCCAACCCUUACCCUAAUUUUCUAACUCUUAACACCUACCCUAACCCAAACCCUGACUCCAACUCUAACCCAAACCCUAAGUCUAACUCUAAGUCUAAGUCUAACCCUAAACCAGGCCUUAUGGUAAAACAGGGCGGAGCGAGUCGAAAGCCUAUUGUAUUUGCAACCACUCAUCUUCAGGGGGCAACACCCGUGCUUCUAAAUUCUGGAAAUGCUGCUCCAGACAAAUCACUUCGUCAAAAGCAAAUGGACAAGAUCCCGGGCCAUCGGGAACUUAGGACUGAUGACAAGCAUAUAACUGCUUAUGAGGGCAUUGGCCUGGGCAUAGAGGGAGUGUGCGUCAUUAAGGAAUCUUAG